UGAUGACUAAACGGUCAAGAAUUGAAAUUACGACCUGGUUUCCGAUCGCGAACUCCGAAUGUCAAAUUAUAUAGUACAGAGUAGGAUUUUUGUGCUAGGUCCAGCACGAGGCGCUCGUGUUUCUGUCUUUGACAUCAACAAACGUAUCUAUGAAAUAAAGCGGAAACAGAAGUAGAGAUGUAGCAGUAGUUAUGCCAAAAGAUGAUGAUGAGACUUGCACAUGGACCGGGAGUUGUACCCGCCCUCGUGUGCUUUUGUUUUGAAAACUAUAAUAUGUUUAUGUUGAACUGGGCCGUGACUCACAGCUACAGUGAAGCACAGUUGUCAGUUUCGGAUAGUUGUACACCACUUUUACAACUUGAACUUUGUAGGUUUUUCAUGACAACUCUAACUCACUGCAGGGGAUAUUUUUCCAACAAGGGUGCGAAAUGCUUCAACGAAUACGUAAUGCCGCGUGAACUACACAACUUGAACUUGCAAAUGCAAUGGUUGACGUGGUGGUUAGGAUUGCCUGACCGCUACGCUGAGCCCGUCUCAUGUGACUGGGUCACGUGGGCCGACAUCGCUGAUCUCUGAUCUGAGGAGAAGAAUUGAACGCAGCUAAUUUAAAGCAGAAGCGGCGGCGGCAGCUGCAGUGGCCCUGUGUCGAAUGGAGCUGCAUCACAUUCGGGAAAAUUUUUGUGACGCGCUGUGAGCGGC